UAUUUCUUUACAACUGUCUGGUGCGGCUCAAUUUGUUCCUUACUCAUCAAUGUAUCCAAUUCCAGACACCUUUACUGGACAAGUUUUGCAAAUCCUUCCGCACGUGGUUUUGCACUUCCAAUUAAAGCAGUCGUAAUCUCAUCAAUAUUUAUAAAUUGAAACAACUCAAAAACCCGAUAAUCCGUAGAAUUUGAUUAAAAUUCAAAUACUACUCAGUUCGAUUGCAGAAAUGGAGAAAUCGGCGAUGGUAGUGGGGCUUGAUGACAGUGAACACAGCUACUAUGCUUUAGAGUGGACUUUGGAACACUUCUUUUCUAAAAUUUCGGAGAAUUCGCCGUUCAAGCUAGUGAUCGUGCACGCUAAACCUUCUGCAGCAUCCGCCGUCGGUCUAGCUGGCCCCGGUGCCGCCGAUGUGCUGCCGUAUGUGGAUAUAGAUUUGAAGAAGAUUGCGGCAAGGGUAUUGGAAAGGGCUAAGGAAACUUGCACUGCCAAAUCGGUGAAUGAUGUAAUAUUCGAGGUCUUGGAAGGGGAUGCAAGGAAUGUUCUUUGUGAGGCCGUGGAAAAGCACCACGCCUCUAUUUUGGUUGUUGGUAAUCAUGGAUAUGGAGCUAUAAAGAGGGCUGUUUUGGGCAGUGUAAGCGACUAUUGUGCGCAUCAUGCUCACUGCACCGUGAUGAUAGUGAAGAAGCCGAAGAUCAAGAACUAAUCUACCUAUCAUGAAGUGAAUAAUUAUUGUUCGAUUGUAUCCAUUUUCAAGCUACUGUAAUUUUGUCCCUUCCAUGUUUGAAGUUGUAAUUCCCUUCUACUCAAUUACUAUUAUUAUUGUCUCCUUGUUCUCCUCCUCCUGGAUGUAGAACUUGAUAAACUGAACUAGUUUGUGUAUUUAUUCAUCUUCAUGCUCUAGAGUGAGUAAGUCAUUUUUGAAGUCGAUGUCUGAUUAAUCAACGCUUUAAAAGAUCUACAGGACUAUGAAUGGUUUGAUCAAU